CAGAACUGGUACUCCUCCUAGGAUAAAGCACUUCCAGUCUAGGCUCACGUCUCCUGAGAAGCUCCCUUCAGUCUCUUUGAAAGAUGCUAAACUGGCAAAGUUUGUCAUUAGUGCAGAGUUUGAUAACAAAGUCGGUAGUGUGAUACGACACCAAAUACCGAAAAAGAUUCCAGGUUUCAAAGAAUACUUAUCUCAUCUUGGUGAACUAGUGAUACCCAGUCAAAGUGAACAUUAUACACAAGAGGAUUAUUCAAGUUUUAUACUUUACAAAGACCCAACAGGAAAAUAUCAGCUAUUUCCAGAUGAUAAUAGUGAAGAAGAUGCUUUAGGAUUCCAACACAUGAGGUUAAACGAUAUAAACACAAUUUUUGAAAAUAAAAGCCAUGAUGAUGAUAUUUUGUUCUUCUAUACAGUUACCAAAAAAAUUGAAGAUGUUAAUGACGCUAGAGGUGCUAAAAUAAGGUCAAUAUCAAUAGGUACUCCAUUGUCAAAUUUUGUGAUAUUCAAACAUUUAAUAACACUUACAAUACAAAAUUUCAUACGUGAUGGUCAAGUCUCACAUUUGAUCUCAUUGUUUAAUACAAUCAACAGUAUAGAUAUUUCAUUAUGGAAGCAAUUCUGCCAGGCAAACAACAAUUUACAACGUGUAUUAUCAUUGAAUUCAGAAGUCAACAAUCAAUUAGUGUUCCCCAAAUUGAAACAACUGUUGUUGAAUGAAUCUCAAACUGAAGGGAUAAGGUAUAAAUCAGGAACGUUACAAUAUUAUCCAACAUACACGCCAGAUGAUCCACAGGAUAAGAUCCUUUCCAAAAUACCCAUAAAUUUAUCAUUAACUUCACCAUCUUCAACUUUCCACACAGACUUAAACUUGACAAUACCCAUCCUAACUUUUUUGAAGAAACUUUCCAUGAAGUUAAACUCAACAAAUUAUCAAAAUUUCAAUAUAUUUAUCUAUUCAAAUGAUUCAAAAGAUCAAUUAUGUCAAUUCAUAUUAUCAUUAUCUAAUUUCCUUAAUGGGUUUAAUAACCCGUAUUUCCAUAAUGACAAGAUCCUAUAUUUACCAUUGAUUGACCUUUCAAAUUUUGAAACUUUAUUAAAAUAUGAUAAGCAAGUUCAUAAUACCAAGAUAAUUGGUACGAAUAAUAUAAUGAUGAAGGAAAAUUUCACUGAUUUUUAUGACUUUUGGUAUGAUUUAAACAUGGAGGAAUUAUUCAUGAAUGAAACAAAAUUGGAAUUAUUUGAUGUCUCCAUGACAAAGACUCAAGAUUUUAUAAAUUUAUGUGAUGUUUUAAUUAAACAACAUCAUGACUUUGAUACAGUUUCCAAUACAAUGAUUAAAUUUACAAUUUAUGAAAUUUUGAAAAUUUUGAAAAGGGAUGAUUCUGAAAAUGAAUUGAAUUUGAAAGAUUAUUACUUAUCAAGAAAUAAGAAUCUGGUUUUCUUUGAUUGGGUUUUUGAAUUCAAGAUUAUUAGAUUGAUUGAUACUUUUGAUCAAUAUUUCAAGAUUUUACAAAGUGAUCAAGUUGAAGAGAUGGAUGUUGAUACACUUUAUGAAUGUUUGGAAUUUAUGAUUGGAUUCCUUGUUGGAAAUGUGAAAGGGCAUUUAGAAACUUUUAUCCACAUUUUAGAGAUUUUUCCUGUAAAUAUUCAAAAAAUUGAUGAAUUGAUGAUGAAAAUACAUUCAAUUAUUUAUUCAAGCCUAUUUUAUUUCAAGAUAGGAACUUACAAGAACAAGUUUUAA